AUAAUGCAGGAUGCACACGACAGAGCUAUACGCUAUGCAAACAUGCUGAUAUAUCCCAAUGAUGCAAACGCAUCGACUGUGAAGAGCAGGGUAAGCCGAGAUCUUCUUCAAAGGCUGAAUUCACUGUGUCUCAUUAACACUAGUCGUUCAAUACUCGGCGUCCACAUUCUUUUUUCUCUCUCUGGAAAAUUUGCGAAUACGUAGCAUUCAAUCUCGACUUGGGAAUUUUAGGAACGCAACGAAAAACUUGGCCCCCACAUUCUUCUACACUUAUCAAGGUUAACUACGCUUGCGAAUCCAGCUGUGACUCAACUCAAGUGAGCAGUAGAGAAAAAUGAUGGUUGCCCAACUUUGGACGGCCCUGACCGUCUAUCUUCUUGCAGCGCUAUCUAAAGCUGUAGCCUCGGGUCCAGAAUCUUGCGGUAUACCGAACAACUUUAGCGUUUUGGUGGCGGAGGGGCAAAAAGUCGAUGUUUAUGGCGCUGAGUUAUGGGUUGGAAUUAAAACGGAAGACGUGGCCAUUACCACGUAUCCGGAUAGGGAAUCGGCCAGACUCCUGGCAAACAAUACUAUGGCUGCUUUUAGGGCGCACAUAGUACAUAACGAUUUCGAGGAAGGUAUUAAGUCGGAAUCACAAAGGGUUUCUCAAGUUUUCGAUGGACUCGCUUAUGGGGAUGCAAAGCUUAUACCAGGAGAAAAUGGCACCUUUACUAUUCGCGAUUGCAAACUGAUUCUCCCACGAAACUCAAGGGGCGAUAUCCCGGCAGCACUAGAUAAUGAAAUUCGUCAUAAGAUCGAAUUAUGUCUUGGUCCAAUGAUCUGUGCAAAUGUAGGAGCGCGAAGAUUGAGUGAAAAUGUAUCGGAAGAAUAUUUCAAUGAUUUUGGUCCAUCAUCUUACGACUUGCAAUCGGCUCCAAUACUGCACAAUGAUUUAAUACCGAAUCUUCCGACGGUUGAUAUGCAAUCAAGAAUGACAACGGGAACCGAACUCGACAAAACCAGUACAUAUCAGUCUACUAUAAACAUCCUGGUUGAUAUCGCUGUAGCAGAAUUAAUUCACAAGCUGAGAGAAAAGAAUGAAGGCACCAUUCCCAUUCCAAAUAUAGAACAGUACUUCAUGCGUGGCAAUUUCUUCCGUAUUGGAGGUUAUUUUCAGGCUUUCAACGGAACGUUCAGUGACCUAACAACCAUAAGGAGGGUUGAUGAUGCUACGUUAUCCCACGAUGGAUUUAAAUUUACUGCAUCAUGUGGUUUUGGAUUACCAGAAGCGCACCUCCAUUACGAUAGCUACAAGGUGAAAUUGGCAUUCAUUAAAGUCAAGGGUGAAUUCACUGGUGAUGUUAAUGGUGUCGCUUUGGAUUCAAGAAUAACAGUAGAUUACACACAGAGACCAUGUACCAAAACAUUGGAUCGUCUACAAGUGACAGAAUUCGGCAAGAUACACUUGCGAGUAACGGGUUUGGGUCCAUUAAAUUACCCAGCAUCUGUCAUGUUGAACUGGUUAACUAAAAAAUGGCGAGACGAAAUUGUUCUCAAAGUUGAAAAUAAGUUGCAGAAAGUUGCUGUACAGCAAUUGGAUAAAUUUAACUGCGAACGAUUCAGGCCACGAAGCGACUUUUAGAGAUUAUACAUUUAUUAUUGGGAUAUUCGAUGCCAAAGAAUGUCAAACUUUCAUCAAUACAUAUAAUAUAUAUGCUAGUCACUUGAUUACAUGGAGAGAUUAAAGGAUUUUUUAUGUGAACCAUAAAUAUAAUAACGGUAAUGGUAUGAAGUCAUCGGUAAGCAGAUUGAAUUAAUAAAAGCUCCUGUUUUGUGCCCCUUUAAA